UCGAUACCGUCGAAGUACAACACGCUAAAGCCGCUCACUUUGCCGCUAAGGCCGAAGCUCAUGCUCGCAACGGAGAUUACGUCCAUGGAGUUGUAGGAUACACUGGUGUAGUAGCUCCAGUAGCUCACCACGUCCCAGCCAUCGUCAACGGAGUCCCAGUUGAUACCGUCGAAGUACAACACGCCAAAGCCGCCCACUACGCCGCCAAGGCUCAAGCCCUCAACGGUCACUACACUCACGGAAUCGUAGGAUACACUGGUGUAGUAGCUCCAGUAGCUCACCACGUCCCAGUAGUAUCCACUUACGCCCAUCAUUACACUCCAUCUGUAUACACUGGACCACAACACGUCCCAGUAAUUGAUGCCUCCGGUGUCCCAGUAGAAACCCCAGAAGUUCAACACGCCAAGGCUGUACAUUUGGCUGCUCACGUUAAAACCGCUUCCAAGUGGUAA